ACUCAGGGAAGUCCAAAUCAAUCUUUUAACAGAAACUUUGGACUGAUGUCUUAGUUUGCUAGUCCCAAAAUUUGAGGUUGAUUCCAUCUUUGGUGUUCAAACCCCAUCAUGAGCUGCCUGCCUUGAGAGAGAGAGAGAGAGAGCGGUUUGAUCUCAAAUCUCAUGCUCAAUGAAUUCUUUCUAGAAAAUGCCGGUUCGAAGUGCACAAAAAAAGCAGGGGUGAAACAAUGGCUCAUUACACUGCAAUAUUUCAAGCUUGUUAGCAUUCACCACUUCUCCAUGUAUCUCAUUACAAAUUUCAGCGAUUUCCAAUUGACUUGUCUUGGUGGGUUCGUUCUUCAUGAGAGUGUCUUCUUCUUGUCUGGACUCCCGUUCAUUCUUUUUGAAAGGGCAGGGUGGUUUGGAAAGUACAAAAUUCAGAAGAAGAAUAACAGCCCGGAAGCUCAGGAGAAAUGUAUCACUCGUCUGCUGAUGUAUCAUCUUUGUGUUAAUCUCCCAAUCCUGCUUGGAUCAUACCCUGUCUUUAAAUUCAUGGGGACGCGAAGUAGUCUUCCACUGCCGUCCUGGAAAGUGAUUUCAACACAAAUAAUAUUCUAUUUCAUCUUGGAGGAUUUUGUGUUUUAUUGGGGACACAGGAUUUUACAUACGAAAUGGCUCUACAAGCAUGUCCACAGUGUCCAUCACGAGUACGCAACACCAUUUGGGUUGACUUCUGAGUAUGCUCACCCUGCUGAAAUUCUCUUCCUUGGAUUUGCUACAAUAAUUGGUCCUGCAAUCACGGGCCCCCAUUUGAUAACAUUAUAUCUCUGGGUCUCACUUAGAGUCCUUGAGACAGUCGAGGCACAUUCCGGGUACCAUUUCCCUUGGAGCCCGUCAAACUUCUUGCCAUUAUAUGGGGGGGCUGAUUUUCAUGAUUAUCAUCAUCGACUGCUCUACACAAAGUCCGGCAACUACUCGUCAACAUUUGUAUACAUGGACUGGAUAUUUGGUACUGACAAGGGUUACAGAAAAUUGAAGUCCCUGAAGGAAAAUGAACGUUUUGAAGCUGAGGGCAAAGAAAUGUGAAGAAGAUGGGAAGGGGAAUAAAACUAUGCCUUCUUGGGCAUCACAUUACGGGUUUCCAGUAGAAAUAGUAUAUAGGCCAAGGGUCAAAUUGUUGUAACUAGUCAUCUUGUGCACUUGUUGUAUUCGUCUGUGGUUUUAAGAGAAACAUUUUUAUGUUAAGGUGGAUCAAUUAGAAGUUUGUGCUGGAGAACUUUUUCUCCCUGCAAACCUGCACUCCCCUCUUUUUGCUCUUAUAUGAUUAUAAGUUCCAUUCUUUUGAGCGUU